UGGCAUUUGGGCCAAGUCUGUACUCUCCCCAGGCUGCCUCUAGGGGACUGAAGGGGUCUUUCUCAGAAAAUAUAACUUCCAGCUAAAACUUGAAGGAUGAACAGAACUUAUGCAGACUAAGAGAGAGAGCAGAGUGUUCUAGCAGAGGAAUUAUUCAUAAGCCAGACUAGAAGCAGAAUGUCACUCCUCUCCCUUGGUUACCAAGGAACGUGCUCCUGGUGGAUCCAUCUCCUUUCCACGAAUGGUCCUAAAUGUGACCUCACCUUGAAUCUGAAAAUGCUGUUUCUGGUUGAUGAGCCCUGGCAAGCCAAAAAUCUUUUGUAAAUCCUCUGGAUUCUUACUCAGCAACCAAGAAAUGUUUAAAGAAUCUUCCCUGGACAUCGGCCAUGCUGAAUUGGUGAAUCAGAGUUGGAAAUUUGGUGGGAUAGAAAGAAGCCUGAAAUUCAUCCACCGCUGUAUCCAGAACUUUUCUAACAUUUGUCUGCUGGGCCCAGUGGGGAAGCUUGUGUCCUGGGUCUUGAUGGAUCAAACAGGAGAAUCAAGAAUGGCAGGCACUGGAGCCAAGUACGGGGGGAAGGGACUAAUGACCUAUGUCUUUUAUACACACACUCAUAAUAUAAAAAAUUUCAACCUGCUCCUAUACCUCCAUUUGGAAAAAAUUAACCAAAUCAUGAUAAAGACAGUGUUGUGCAUGAACUAUGUGCAUAUACCCCGCACCUGGAACCAAUGGAACUGUGAGCCAACAGAUGCUUCCUCUGAGAUGGUAAGUGUGUCUUUGAGGUUGUAGCUACUUGUAAGGACAGGAGGAAAUUGGGGCAGAUGAGCUCAGUCUGGAGAAUUCUAAACACCUUGAUUUUCUUGGAUAAAAACUUUAAGUGGUACGUUCAUAGGUUUAUUUAUUUGUUCUUUCAAGAUCUCAAGUUGCUUGGUAGAUUGGGAUUUUAUUACCCAUUUUCUCAUUUCUUCCCUGUAAUGAAAUUAAAUAUUCAUGCUCUCUGCCA